AUGAUAGAAGUUACAAAUAAAUUAGUAUCUCUUGCGGUUAAUGUAUCUACAUUAAUCUUUUUAAUAUAUUUAUUCGAGUACUACCAUGAAUUAAUAUCCUUUGGAAAUUCUUGGAAUAAGGAAGUCUGUCAAAGUUACAUAUUGAAUACAAGAACUUUUCGCUUAUUAAAAGGAGACACAGAACUAUUUGGUGUAAAUAGAAAUACAAACAUGAAAAUAAAUGAACUAGAUAUGAAUAACAAUAAUGAAAAUUCUUUUAGAAAAGAAUUUGAUUCAAUAAUAAAUGGUAAGAAUUUACCAAAAAAAUAUAAUCUAUUGCUGAAUGGAAAAUAUCAAAAUUAUUUUGAUAGUUUUGAAUCUAUACCUGAAGUAUUAACAAUAAAUAGUGAUCUAAAAAAAGAUUUGUAUGAUUCAAAUGAUAGCUUGGAUCAAUAUGCAUCAAUUGAUUAUUUACCAGCUGAUAAUAAUAAUAAAAAACAGCAAGAAGAAAAAAAAAAAUUUUCUAAGUUGAGCAAUAAUGGUAUAUUAAAUAAUCACAAGAACUCAGAAAUAAAUGAAUUUUCAGAAAAUGAAAUAUCAAGAGAUGAAUAUUCCCCAUAUGAAGACGAAAAUUUACCAUAUGAGCAAAGAGUAGCAAAACUAGAAAAGUUAGAAAGUAUUGCGCUUGAAAAUGAAAAAUCGAAGUCAGGCUUUCUUAAUUAUAUAAAGAAUUUAGACAAGAACAUUGAGCUUGGAAUAUACCGUGCACUGAAAUCUGAUUAUAGGGGAAACAACUUUAAACCCCAAAAGAUGAGUACAACGAAAAAAAUUUUAAGAUUUAUAAAUCAUUAUAAAGUAUUUGCACCUAUAGUAAUAAACAUCAUCAUGACAUUUGUGAUGGGAUGUUUAAAUUAUAGUACAACUCAAUUUGUCCUUUUCGGUGGAACUAUUUUAAUGUUAUUUUAUCUUUUAAAUAAAUUAAUAAAAUUAGAUUCUAUGAGAUUAACGUUCAGAGAACAUAUGAGAUCACAACAAUAA